CAAAAAGCAUUGCUCAAGCAAGUUGUAUAAAUUGAUCAUAUAAAAGCUAUACGCGUUUUCUACGUAUGUCGUUUUUUGUGUUGAUAUAUAUUACGUAUUGAAUAAAUCUAAAAGAAAGUUUGAUUUUAAUUGUUAGGUCGUGGUCAUCGUUGCGGGAGCGAACGACAUAGGACAUUCGUCUCCUGCUGAGAUCGUUCGCGAUUUCCAGCAGUUGUGCGAAAAGGUUCGCUCUGCUAACCCACGUGCGAGCAUCGUGCUUGUGGGGAUUUUGCCUAGAGGCGGGAACAUGUUUCCUGGAGGCUCGAUUCCGGCGAGCGUUCUGGAUGCAUUUGACCAGGAUGCGACCUCGGUGAACAGGAUGCUGGCCAGAGUGGCAGCCAAACUGCCAUGGCUGUACUUUCUGGAAGUGCCAGGCUUCUGUAGGGCACAUGGUAUCGUCCGGGAAAUGCUGAGUAGAGACGGGCUGCAUCUCAGCAUUAGGGGAACUGCAGCAGUUGUAUCGUGCGUGGAGCGAACAGUGAGGCAGCUUUUAGCCAGAGCUCCAGCGCCUCCUGCUGCAGCCAGAGCUCCAGCGCCUGCACCAGCUGCAGUUCCAGCGCCUGCCAGAGAUUCAGCGCCUGCCAGAACUUCAGCGCCUGCCAGAGAUUCAGCGCCUGCCAGAACUUCAGCGCAUGCCAGAACUUCAGCGCCUGCCACUGCUCAAGCGCCUGCCAGAACUUCAGCGCCUGCCAGAGAUUCAGCGCCUGCCAGAACUUCAGCGCCUGCCAGAACUUCAGCGCCUGCCAAAACUUCAGCGCCUGCCAAAACUUCAGCGCCUGCCAGAACUUCAGCGCCUGCCAGAACUUCAGCGCCUGCCAGAGAUUCAGCGCCUGCCAGAACUUCAGCGCCUGCCAGAACUUCAGCGCCUGCCACUGCUCAAGCGCCUGCCACUGCUCAAGCGCCUGCCAGAACGAGGAUAUGGUUCAAUGUGAUACCUGCAAAGAAUGGUUUCAUAAAAGUUGCGUUUCUGUGCCACAAGAUAAAUCGCUAGAUGAUUAUGAUUUUUCGUGUAAUGUGUGCAUUAAAAGUACUUGAUAAAAGCAUUUCUUUUGCCAUAUAGGUUUUUCAUUCUUACGUGCCGGUAGUUGAAAUGAUCGUCGUACGAAACGCAGGUCUGAUUAUCGUGUUCUCCGUUUCAAAAACAACAGUUUACUUUCUUUCUUUCAAUGCCCCAAUUAUCUCACGGUUUUUGCAAAUAACAGGUUUAAUACAGUGCUUAACGACCAAAUAACGUAUAAUAAUGUAUUGAUUGGUUUAAUAUCUACAGAUUCCGAGUUGAUUUACUACUGUGAUUGUUAUUAUUUACGUUGUGAUUAUAUUGGCUUGUGUUUUGUUAUUGCUUUUUGUUGUUUGCUAUUUUGUUUUUUUCACUUUUAUUGUUGUUGCUGUGCAGUCCGCACAGGCUAAUUUGGGACGACACUUUCCGCUUGUAUGGUAUAUUCUGUUCAUACGAAGUCUCUUCUUAGCGGAAAUUCAGUUUGGGCGGAGAGUGUCGACUCUAAUUAGCCUGCGCAGACUGCACAGUUCUAAGAAAUUGCAUCGUUUAUAUUAUGAUUAUAUUGGCUUGUGCUUUUGUUGUUUGCUAUUUUGUUUUUUCACUUUUAUUGUUGUUGCUGUGCAGUCCGCACAGGCUAAUUUGGGACGACACUUUCCGCUUGUAUGGUAUAUUCUGUUUGAACGAAGUCUCUUCUUAGCGGAAAUCCAGUUUGGGCGGAGAGUGUCGACUCUAAUUAGCCUGCGCAGACUGCACAGUUCUAAGAAAUUGCAUCGUUUAUAUUGUGAUUAUAUUGGCUUGUGCUUUUGUUGUUUGCUAUUUUGUUUUUUCACUUUUAUUGUUGUUGCUGUGCAGUCCGCACAGGCUAAUUUUGGACGACACUUUCCGCUUGUAUGGUAUAUUCUGUUUGAACGA